UUCGGAAGACCGCUCCUCAAAGUUCUUCCUUCGCCUGGGCAGUUUCUUUCGAGUAGGAAUUCGACUAAAUGAAUUCUCUCAUCAAUCAGAACCUCCAAACCAAGAUAGUUCCAAUCUCCUUUACCAAAUUCAUAUCUUCAGUAUCCAUAAUCCGUACCUUGUCAUUUCAUGCCAACAAAUAUGAACAGCAACAUCCUGUUCCUUUUCUUGACCCGUUUCAAUUGCUCAGUAACUACACCAAAUCCACCCAUCAUGCUUUCAAAGACACUAAAAUUAUUCAUUCCCAUUUGCUUAAAACAGCUGUGUUGCACUCUGAUAUUGUUAUUGCUAACUGCUUACUUAAUAGGUACUGUAAUUCUGGUGCCAUGCUUUAUGCCGUCAAAUUAUUUGAUACAAUUCCUCUACUAAAUGUUAUUUCUUGGAAUAUCAUGAUUUCUGGUUACAUUCAUAAUAUGUUGUUUGAGGAUUCGUGGAGAUUCUUUUGUAGUAUGCAUUUUUCUGGUUUUCAGCCGAAUGAUUUCACCUACGGGAGUGCUGUUUCUGCUUGUGCUGCUUUGCAAUCUCCUUUAUUAGGUGAGCUGGUGUAUUCACUUGCAAUAAAGAAUGGGUUUUAUGCAAAUGGUUAUGUUCGGGCGAGAAUGAUAGACUUAUUCGCAAAAACUAGUAAGUUAGAUGAUGCUCUGAAGGUGUUUUGUGAUGUGUCAUGCGAGAAUGUGGUUUGUUGGAAUUCUAUCAUCUGUGGGGCUGUUAGGAAUGGGGAAUAUUGGGUUGCUUUGGAUCUUUUCAGCCAAAUGUGUUGCAAAUCUCUGAUGCCUAAUAGUUUUACAUUCUCAAGCAUUUUAACUGCUUGUGCUACUCUCGAAGAAAUUGAAAUUGGAAAAGGAGUUCAAGGGUGGGUGAUUAAAUGUGGAAAAAAAGAUGUCUUUGUAGGGACUGCCAUAGUUGAUAUGUAUGCCAAAUGUGGGGAUAUUGGUGAAGCAGUUAAGGAAUUCUCUCGGAUGCCAGUUCACAAUGUAGUUUCAUGGACUGCCAUUAUAUCUGGUUUUGUUAAAAGGGAUGAUUCUAUAUCUGCCCUCAGAUUUUUCAAAGAAAUGAGGAUGAUAAAGGAGGAAAUAAACAACUUUACUGUUACUAGUGUACUUAAUGCUUGUGCCAAACCUGAUAUGAUUAAAGAGGCAAUCCAAAUUCAUACCUGGAUUUUGAAAACUGGAUUCUAUUUGGAUCCAGUGGUGCAGGCUGCUUUAGUUAAUGUGUAUGCAAAAUUACAUGCUAUUGAUUUGUCAGAGUUGGUAUUUAGAGAAAUGGAAGACGUAAAGAACCCAGGUAUAUGGUCCAUUAUGAUCUCUUCUUUGGCUCAGAAUAAGAGCUCCCAAAGGGCAAUUGAAUUGUUGCAAAUAAUGCUCCAGGAGAGUCUGAGACCGGAUAGCUUUUGUUUUUCUAGUGUCUUAAGUGUCAUAGACUGCUUGAAUUUAGGGAGGCAAAUCCACGGCUACAUUCUUAAAACCGGAUUUGUCUUUGAUCUUUCCGUUGGUAGUUCUCUUUUCACGAUGUACUCUAAGUGUGGUAGUAUAGAGGAUUCUUACAAAGUCUUUGAGCAUAUUCCAGUCAGAGACAAUAUUUCAUGGACAUCUAUGAUCAGUGGUUUCACAGAGCAUGGCUGCACAAAUCAAGCUUUUGAGCUUUUUAGAAAUAUGCUGGCUGAAGGAACUAGACCUGAUCAGAUGAUUUUUAUUGCAAUUCUGGCUGCAUGUUCUGGUCUUCGUUCCUUAAAGAAAGGUAAGGAAAUUCAUGGGUAUGUUUUCCGUGCUGGGAUGGGCAGAGAAGCACUAGUUGGUGGUGCACUUGUCACUAUGUAUUCAAAAUGUGCUGCUCUGAAGCUGGCAAGGAAAGUGUUUGACAUGCUUCCUGAAAAAGAUCAGGUUUCAUGCUCAUCCUUGGUUUCAGGAUAUGCACAAAAUGGGCUACCUGAAGAGGCAGUAUUUCUGUUUCAUGAAAUGUUAAUGUCUAAUUUCGCAACAGACUCAUUCACUGUUUCAUCUGUUCUUGGGGCUAUUGCACUUUUAAACAGAUUGGACAUUGGGACUCAACUGCAUGCCCAUAUCAUAAAAAUGGGCUUAGAUUCAAAUGUUUCAAUCGGAAGUUCACUUGUUACAAUGUAUUCUAAAUGUGGAAACAUUGAGGAUUGCGGUAAAGCAUUUGAUCAGGUUGAUGAACCUGAUUUAGUAUGCUGGUCAGCAAUGAUUGCUAGCUAUGCUCAGCAUGGAAAAGGUGUAGAGGCUUUAAAAAUGUACGAGCAAAUGAGAAAACAAGGAAUUAGACCUGAUUCAGUGGCUUUUGUUGGGGUUUUGUCUGCCUGCAGCCAUGCCAAUUUGGUUGAGGAAGGCUACUUCCAUUUUAAUUCAAUGACCAAAGACUUUGGCAUUAAGCCCAAUAACCGUCAUUAUGCUUGUAUGGUUGAUCUCCUGGGUCGUUCAGGGAAAUUGAAAGAGGCUGAAAAGUUAAUUAAAAGUAUGCCUACUGAACCUGAUGCUUUAUUGUGGGCAACGCUACUCGCUGCUUGCAAACUACAUGGAGAGGUUGAGCUUGGGAAGAUAGCAGCCAAAAUGGUGAUGGAAUUAAACCCGAGUGAUGAUGGAGCCUAUGUCCUGUUGUCAAAUAUCUAUGCGAAUGUAGGCCAGUGGGAGGAAGUCCAGCAGAUCAGAAGCCGGAUGAAAGGAGCUGGGGUUAGGAAGGAAGCUGCUUGGAGUUUCACGUGAUAUCUAAUUCUGCCCCCUUGUGUAAGCCUUGAUAGGUAACUGGGUCUCUAGUCCAUCAAAGUUCCCGGGCAAGUUGACCUCUGUGUUUUAGGUGAUAUUUUUUUCUCACGAGAUACAUUCGGAAAAAUCCAAGAGAAGAUGACUCAUGUAUACCAAGCGUAUCCUCCUUGCUUUGUCUCUAUCGAUGCACCGGACACGGGAGUUGCAUGGCUUCUUGAAUAGCAGCUUUUUUGUUGAAAGGCGUGUGUGGGAAACAGCUCACCGGCUUGAAGCGGAGAAUAGGGUCGGACUUGGAUGUUACGGUGGGAAAGGCAACAGUGGAGGAGAAGCAGAAGAGAUGCCCCGCUUCAAAGGUCUGUGUCAAAGCUUGUGGUUUUGGUUUCACUUUGGGUAUCAGAACAAGACCAAAAUCGACAACACAUAGCACCACAACUCUCAAAACUGCAAGAAAGGAAGUUCGGAGUUCGGACCAGCUUCCUAUCUGAAAGUGUUUCUCCGUGGAAGAUUUGCAAGGACGAGGAGUGGGUUGAAUCUUCAUGACCAGUAACAAUGGAUUUAACGAACUGCAUUUAUGCCCCCUCCUUUUGGAUUUGUUUAAUUUUAGUUUUGACAGAGCCUUGAUCCUGCAUCAUAUGAGAAAGCUUUUCUGGCACUAAUCAUGUGUUGUAGGUCAUUACAGUGAGACAAACCUUGUAGAGUUGUUCCAUUUUUCUAAAAAGAACCACCAUUUACAACUAAAUUGUAACUCCAUAUAUCUGGGCUGCUACAUUUCCGUCAUAACACAUCAAUACCUUUAAUCAGUGUGUUAUACAGAACUAUGUUAGUCUUUAAUCCUUUCCCCAAUGCCUCGUAGAGAAGAGCCGGGGCAGGGUGUAUGUCACUGUCCUGGCAUAACCCAUUAAUUAGGGAGCAAGACGUGAUCGGUGAUGCACAAAUUCUUUGAAAACUGCAUCUUCAAGGAUCUUUUCAGCUUUUUUAUCUCAUCGGAGAAUUGUUAUGUC